AGCGAAUCGAGCGCCAAACAUACCCGAGAGCGGCAUCGCUUCUGUUCUUGAAUCGCUUCUCCGCGUACAAAAUCGAUUCUGAAGCUACGCAUAGGGUGCUCAAAGCCAGAAUGACUGCCGCCGAGAACACUGCUGUGCAGGAAGUCAAGGAAGAAAAAAUCCAGCAAUGUGUGGAUCAAAAAGAACCUGCCGGCGGUGAAGGAGAAGGCAAACCCAUCCUGAAAGAGGCGGGAAAUAUCGGAGGUAGCGACAAACUCACCGGAAACAGCGACAACGGAACCGACAAACUCGGCCAGGGGACCGAUGGAGCCGACAAAGCCGCCGGAGAAGUCGUACAGCCCGUGGAGGAAGACGCGGACCCCGCUGUGGAGGCGACGAUGCUUCUGAUCCAGGGCAAACGACACAUGCUAGUACAAGACUAUUGCUCCGCUGUCGAAUCUUUCGAGAAAGCCUGCCAGUUGCUGUCGGCGAAGUACGGGGACAACGCUUCGGAGUGCGGGGAAGCCCUCCUUCAAUAUGGAAAAGCGCUUCUAGACUUGCAUAGGAAGCAAACUGGAGAGUUGAACGCCAUAGGCGAGGACAAGGAGGAUGACGAGGCUUCGAGCGAAGAAGAGGAGGAAGAGGAUGACGAUGAUGACGGGGAGCCUAGUGCUGAAGAUUCCAAGAAGGACAACGCAGCUGAGGCAGGGGAGAAGUCCGAGGAGAAGGCUGAUGGUGAUUCGUCCCCGAAAGAUGAAGAAGAUCUCGAAAAUCUGCAGAUCGCUUUCGAAGUUCUCGAUCUCGCCAAUAUUUUCAAGCGGGACGCAGGGGACAGCCCGGAGCUCUAUCUGAAAGCCGCAGAUUGUCUUCAAACACUCGGUGAGGUCGGACUCGAGUCCGAUAACUACCAGCAGGCCAUCGAUGAUUUCGAAGCUUGUCUGAGAAUUCAGCAAGAAAUGCUUCCGGAAGAUUCUCGCGCGACGGCCGAAACCAACUACCAUCUCGGCCUUUCACAUUCCUUCAUCGCCGAUUACGAGAAGAGUGCAGCAUAUUUCGCGGAUUCCCUUCAGAUCCUGAAUCGGAGAUUGGAGAACUUGAAGAAGAAAAUCGAAGAGGGGAAAACGCGGACCGAAUUCGAGGGGAGCUUAGUCGACGAUCCCGUGUGGUGUGCGCAACGAGAGGUUGAGGACAUCGAGGGUUUCCUCCCCGAGAUCGUUUCGAAACUGGAGGAUUCGAAAGAAAUGCAAACGGAGCGAGCCGAAGGCCUUAAGGAACAAGUGAUCAGUCAGAUGCUGGAUCGAACGCCCGAAACCAGCCCCGUGAAGAAGGAUAUGAAAGUCAACGUACUCGGCUCGAAUAUGAUCAAGCGGAAGAGACCGCUUGAAGAAGGGGAGUCAUCCGCUCAGUCUGAGAAAAAAGCGAAGGAAGCAUAAAGUCUCGACGCUCUAUUCUUAUUUAGUGGGAGCAUUCGAGAUAAUCGCUCGUCAGGAGGACCACAGAAAUCGAUUCCUCUCCAUGGUGGAGCCACA